AUGCCGGCCACUCGUAAGCACCUUCAUAUUUCAAAACCACGUCGUCGCCAAAGGUCCGUAAGUCUUACGACUCGAGCUUCACGUUGUGGUGUUAAAAAUUAUGUCAACGUGCUCAAGAGUGUUCACCCUACGGUGGAGCUAUUUUUCCCUGUAACAAAACAAUAUUUACAAGAAUAUAUUGAUGCCAAGAAGAAACAGGGAACUAUCAAGGCAAAUUCUCUUGACCAAUACUUUCAACAUAUUGAAAGUUAUAACAUGGCUCUUGGACAUGGGUGGGACUCUCAAGAAUUUGAACCCAUGAUGCGUGAAGUUUUAGAGGAAUUGGUACGAAUUGAAGAGAAAUAUAACAGUACACGUAAAGCCACCUUAACACCUGGUGACGAAGAAAGUGAUGAACUAAGUCAUGAAGAUGUUAAUGAGAUAGCUUCUUCGUCAUCAGUUACGCUUGUUUGCUUUGACGUUUCGCAAACACCCCAAAUCAAACUUGAACGUGAAAUUAAAAUUCCUGUUACAAACAUAGAUCCAAAUAUCGAACCUAAUAAUGCCCUUCAGCAACUUUACACAAAUAUUUUGAACGCAAAACUUCCGAAAAAGUGGGGGAAAGUGGAUCUAUCCAUCGUAUACUACCAAAAUCCUUCGGAUAAAGAACAACUACAUUAUGCUUUGAAUGAUGAUAGGGCCCUAAAAUUUUUUUUGGAUGAUUAUCAACGAGAAGCAGGAGUUCAAUUAGUUGUUUAUACUAAACAACGUAGCGUAACACCCGUGACUACUACUGUGCAACCUUUGGCGGUACCAGAUACUAAUGCAACAUCAUCAAAAGCAGUACCUUUGGCUCCUCUUACUCCUCGGAAGAGCCCUCCACGAUUACCACAAAUUCCAGGCCUCGAUUUUAGUUCAGGCCCAGAGAGUUCAACACCAUCACCAACAUUCAUACAGCUCAAAUCCGUUACUAUCCGAUCACCGAAUAGAGUGUACAAGCAGAACAUUGCUAUUACUGACAAGACUACAUUCGCUUCGCUUUUGUCUUUUGCGAUUAAGAAACCACCUCCAGCAGGAAAACAGUUUGUUUUACAAAGUUCUGAUGGUGAAUUAGAAUACAUGCCUGAAGAUCCGGUGAGAAAAGUAAUUCAUGGUGCACUUCACGCUGAU